AGACUAGAGGAUGAUGGAUAUGCUGUUGGAUUUCGAGUUCUGGAGCUUCUUUGCGACCGCGAGAAGGCUCCAAAGACCAAGAGUUCAUGGAAGAGCAAUGCCGAGUUCAUCACGUCUCUCUCUCUCUCUUUGUUCUGAUGUUUAUAUAUGUCGUCUCACUGAAUCAGGGGAACCGGAGAGAGACACGUUUACUUGGAAUUUUAUCUUUCGUCCACAGCACUGUGUGAAAGGUGUUUGGAAAGGUUGCUGAUUCACUUGAGGAAGGAACAGAACAUAAAGAUGAGUACAUGAUCAGUGAAAACGAGCCAAAAGAUAUGGGAACAUUCAACUGCGGUGCGUUUGUUGCUGUCAUAGUGAAGGGAGUUCUGGAUUACGCAGGUUUUCCUGCUGUGCUGAAGGCUCAUUUUGUACCCAUUGAAGGACAACAACGCCCUCGUACUACUAUCUUGAUCAAGUUUGCAGACGAGAUUAUUCCCUACCAUUCAUCCCUCUAUUUCAUUUUCUUUUCCUCAUGAAAAGGACUUAUCUUGACAACUUUGCUCCACCAAUGCUGCACAGGUGCUUAAAUAGAGGUACGGUUAAGCCAAUGAGAAGCACUGUUUAG